AUGCCUAGAUGUGAUGAGAGGAUCAUUAAACAUUUGAAAUAUGCAAUGAUUGCGAUUUUAAAUGUUAAGUUUGCAGAUUAGGAAUGUCAGCUCUGUGAAUUUGGAUGGAAACUAAUAGAUAAUACAUGUUAAUUUUUUUGUGGAGAUGGAUUAAUUGCUUUGCAUUCUAUUGAAUAAUGUGAUGAUGGAAAUUAGAUUGAAAAUGAUGGAUAUUUUGACUGCUAAAUUGAGUGUAUUCCUAAUAGCCUUUUUUGCUUAAAUAAUGAAGUUUGUUUUAUGUGUAAAGACCAUUUUUAUUGGAAGAUUAAUCAUGUUUACCAAUCUGUGAUGAUGGCUUUAUUAUUACUGGAUAAGAGUAAAGCGUAAUUGAAUUAAGGUUCACAUAAAAUAUCCAAUUAUUAACUAAUUUAAGUUUUGAAAAAAUUGCAGCAGUAUCCAUAUCCAGAUACUCAUGCAGCUAUUAAUAUUAAGUCAUUAGUAAAUCUAUCAACCACAUUCAAUUAUACUUUAUAUUCAAUUGUUGUUGAAUUCAUAGAACCUAUAAAGGAUCCUGUUCUAUAAAUUGAUAUUGCUUAAUUAGUUAUUAAAAAUGAACAAGAUUUAGAUAUUUUGAAAAAUUAAAUGAAAAUCAAUCUUGGAAACUCUUUUGUUUUAUCUGUGAUAACUCAAAAAUAAAAAAUAAGUAACAUAAAUUGA